AUGGGCGAGGAAAAAGGUGCGUUGUCAUCAGGUUCAAGGGUGGAAGUCUACGGCCCCUCCGCUUCCUCACGAACAUAGGGCCCGGAGGUGAGAGCCCAGCUGUAUGUCUCUUGGUUGGUGCAGUAAGGUUUCAAGGCGUCAAGAAAAAACAAGUCAUCCCGUUCAUGGCAUGGUUCACGAGGUCAUAGUCCCGGGGGGCGGCAGGGCAGGCGGCUUAUCUAAUUCGGUGUCCCCGCCUGUCUUGUAGUCUGUGUGCGGGGGGCCCGCAGCCUGCGGGGUUUGGGGCCUGUGCCUGGAGGCCUGGGGCCUUCUGUGUAGAAACGUAGCGGGUUCGGCCAAAGAAGCUUCUCCGGCGACAGGUGCAGCUCACGUUGGAUCGUCUCCAGAUCUUCUGCUCCCGUGACCAUGAAGGGGCCAGAGGGUGUUGCAAUUUGAAGGCCCGUGGGGAAGCACCAGCGGUACCUGAUAUUUGCGGUCUGCAACUGCCUGGUAAGGGGCUUCAGGGCCCGCCGGUAGGCCAAUGUAGCUGGGGACAGGUCUGGGUAUAGCUGGAUUUCUGAUCCGUCUAGCAGUACCUUUUCUGUGGCACGUGCCUUACGCAGGAUCUCCUCCUUGAGCUGGAAACUCUCCAUGCAGCAGAUGAUAUCUCUUGGGGGCCCGCCCGGGGGUCCUUGUGGCCUCAGGGCCCUGUGGGCUCUAACGAAGCCCAUGUGCGUCUGGGACGGCCUAGCUAGGAGCCUGUUGAACAGCUCCAGCAAGGUGCUCUGUACCGGGGCUUUACUGUCUAAUUCCUCUGGGACCCCUCUCACCCGGAUAUUCUGGCGUCUCCCCCUGUUGUCGAGAUCCUCUAUAUGCAGGGCCAUCUGUCUCAUCACUGUAGUGUGGUGCUGCAGCGUGUCGGUAUUGGCAGCCUGUGCCGCUGCCAUGUGGUCACAGUCCGCCUCGAUCUGAGCGACUCGCUGGUUGAGGCCUUGGAGGUCUUCCCUCAGCGCGUGGAGUUCCGUCGUGAUCGAUGUGCGCAGUUCUGCGUUGGCCGUCCUGAGGUCUGCCUUGGUGGGUAAGUCCUUCAGUAGGGCCACCAGGUCUGGUACUGCGGUAUCCCCUGCAGUGGGGGUCUGUUCUCUCGUAGGGGAGUGUGGGGAGAAAAUGGCCGACUCCAUGGAGUCAUUUGAGGCCUGCGGAUCCAUGUCCGCCUGUGUGAGCAGGUAGCGCUUCAUUGUCGGGGUCGGGGUUCCCUUUGGGGCAUCCCCCGGUCGUUGGGCAUGUGAGGCUCGGUGGGUUUUCCCCAUCACCGCGGUCAGGGUGCAGUUUAGCCGAGGUUAUGAGCUGAGCCUGCGGGGAGCUCGAGGAUUAUGCUGCCAUUUUCUCGGACCGCCAAGCCACGCCCCCCGUAAACCAGUUUUAAUCCUGGAAGGUAAGGCAGUACCUGCACACUCCUGCCUCCAUAACUUUAAUGAAGUGAAGUUUUUAUGCUAGUGUGAGUGUUUCUUUUAACACAAAUUAUAGGUGGUCUUCUUCAAUGAUGUAAAUUCCAGAGAAGUGAUCCUUCCUGUUAAUGAGAGCUAAUUGGAGGUAGACUUGCCCCAUCUGCUGUUGAGUAUGCCAAGCCUGCUGAGAUAGGAUUACUGAUGUAGCUAUUCCAAUAAAUGCAACCCACUGAUCUUCUGCAAAGCAGUAUCCAAAACACUGGCCAAAACUUAGAUUUUCUAUGGAUAUACUCAUAAGGGUAUGACUUUUCUCUAAUUUCAGGGUCAGAGUCAAAGUGGAGGACACGGACCAGGUGGAGGAAAAAAGGACGACAAGGUACAUAACUGAACAUUUUUCUCCAGUACUGUAGAUGUCAUGUUUUAUGAUCUAGAAAUAAUUGUGGGUGCCCUCUUCAUUAAAUCUAAAGGACAAGAAGAAGAAAUAUGAACCCCCAGUACCGACCAGAGUGGGCAAAAAGAAAAAGAAGACGAAAGGUCCAGAUGCUGCCAGCAAACUGCCUCUGGGUAUGUAGGAAUUGUACAGCUUGAUUGCCGUCUAACAUUGCCUAAUGCUUCUAAGGGAUUAUUCACUGAACAGUGAGGUUUCUUUGCAGUGUCUAGUGCUAUUAGGGGCUGAUUUGUAAAGAGCUUACCUGUACCCCACAUAUUUACCCAUUUGUUUAUUUAAAGGCAUAAUGUAGUUAGGAUUAGCAUAGAACAACCCAUAAUGCCUUAUUUAAAAGCAUAAGACUAUUUUCGAUAAUAAAGUUUGUUUUGUGGGUUCUGUAGUCGGGAGACUACCAAUGUUGAUCACAUCUUCUGAAGUAGUUAUAUAAGCAAUUUAAAUUCAGGAUAACUUAAUAAGUUAGUCCCAGAAUUAACUAGAGACUCCCGAGAUGCCAAAAAACGCAAACCCGUCUUUCAAAUAAUCUUUUUAGAAGGGAUGUUCUUCUAUGGUAAAUUUCAUAGUCCUGCUGAUCACCUUACAUUAAAGGACCACUCUAGGCACCCAGACCACUUCAGCUUAAUGAAGUGGUCUGGGUGCCAGGUCCAGCUAGGGUUAACACAUUUUUUUUAUAAACAUAGUUUCAGAGAAACUGCUAUGUUUAUAAAUGGGUUAAUCCUUCCCUCAAAGCCUCUAGAGGCUGUCUCAUUGACAGCCGCUAGAGGCGCUUGCGUGGUUCUCACUGUGAAAAUCACAGUGAGAGCACGCAAGCGUCCAUAGGAAAGCAUUGUAAAUGCUUUCCUAUGCGACCAGCUGAAUGCUCGCGCAGCCAGCCGAAUGAGCGGAGAGGAGGAGGAGGAGGAUCGGAAGAGUAGAGCUCCCCGCCCGGCGCUGGAAAAAGGUAUAGUGUUUUCCUGGCACUAUAGUGGUCCUUUAACAAACAUAAAUAUCCAUUUUUGAGUGAUUUGUUUUUUUUUCUCCGGUUCUGUAGACAGCCACUAAAGGAGGACUUAACCCUGCAAGGUAAUUAUUGCAGUUUCUCAGAAACUGCAAUAAUUACCAUUGUAGGGUUAAGUGACAUGGAACAUUGCACCCAGACCACUUCAGCUCACUGAAGUGGUCUGGGUGCCUACAGUGUCCCUUCAAUAGCCAUUAGAAAAAACAAAACUGCCACACAAAAGUGUGUAUGUAUAUAAAGUAGACAUCACGGGCUAUUUACCUAAGAAUAUUUUGAUACUUUUUACUUUGACUAAAUAGAUUUUAACAUUAACACAAAUAAUAAGGUGUUUUUUGUCAAACUUUAUUUUUGACAUGGAAGUGAAAAUAAAAAAAACUUAAUGAGUGGAUACAUUUUACUUCCUCCUGUUCACACUUUCUACCUUAUAUUUUUGGCUAGGGAGAUUUUGUUACAUAGAAGCUGUUAGUAACAGUUUUUAUAAUAGUUAUUUAACUCCCACAGUGGCCACUAUAUUACUACCGUGUGACUACUGCAUUUUUUGCCGAUUAGCAAUUGAUCCUAUUUUUUAUUUUUUAAUAUCACUGUACAUACACUUCUCACUUUAGUUUGUUUAAUUUCUCCUCAAGAGGGACCAAUAAAGAUUUAUUAUUUUUUAGUUCCCUUUUAUGCCCUACACUGGUGGAGCAGCUCUAGUCGGGGUAUAGAGUCUGAUUUUGGGGGCACUGUCUUAGUUAACCCAUCUCAGUCUCUUCAUUCUCUACUCCUGUACUUUUCUCAUGACUAAAAUCUCUCUAUCCUUCUACUCACCUGUCUCUGCUGACACCAUCUUCAUUGCUCCAACUUCUACUAUCCUGCUUCCCUCCCCUCUCUAUUCAUCCCACACACUCUACUUAUACCUUCACAGCCUAUCUCCACCAACUUCAUCUAAAUCAGUGGUUUCCUCAAGUACCCCCUACCAGUACAUGAUUUAGGGAUUACCCAGAUGUAUAAGGUGCUUCCCCCACCCCCUUCCCUCUCUUUCUCCUCAUUUAAAAUUCAUUCGAUUCACCUUUUCAAACUACUAGUACUACAGUACCCAUCCUAAAAAAAAAAAAUCUCUUGACCAGUCCUCCCCUUCUAACUAUCAGCCCAUAUCCCUGCUCCCCCUUUCCUCAAAACUUCUGGAGUGACUUGUGUGGCUUGCUUCCUCAAUUCUAACUCUCUGUGACCCUCUUUAGUCUGGCUUCCGCCCCCUCCAUUCUACUGAAACUGCUCUUACUAAAGGGACACUGUAGACACUUAGACCACUUUAGCUCAUUGAAGUGGUCUGGGUGCAAACUCCCAUCACCCUUAACCAUGAGCAGGUUAUUAUUUCCGUUUUUAUAUAAUUAUCAGGCAGCGUGGGGUACCCCACUUGUAUGAUUUAUUGUGAGCAGAAAGUUCCGUAGUCAGAGGACGCAGAGUUCUUCUCCAGUCCAGUGUCGAUUUUUGGAUAGGUCCGGAUAGAAUGUUGGGUUGUGUUCCUCAAACCGGCAUGGAGACUUAUUAUGAACAGCAGCCAUGAAAGUAAGGUGCUCCUGUCCGUUCUGGAAUCGAAUAAUGACAUCCCUGUUUGACCCCACAUUGGCCCUGGGUGAGGCUGGAAUUCUGUACCAGCUGUCUAGCAGCAUAGCUGUAGCCUGUUUAGCAGGGAAGAGGUGUUGUAGCAGUCACCUGAAAAAAUUAGGAAGUUUGGUAGCCGUAAUGUUGUCUGCUAUCCUUCACAUUGUUCCACCUCCUCUUGUCCUCCAUUACUGCCAUGCGGUCUUGUGCGAUGGCAUGGUCGCGUUGCAUUGCUUGCACGGUCUUAUCCAGGGUAGUGAGUCUGGUGUCAUGAGCCGCUGUAGUCCGCUCUGCCUCAUGGAGAAAAGUGGACAUCCCUCCAAUUUCCUCACAAAUCUGGCCUAUGUCGGCCGCAAUGUUCCGCCGGAGUUUGGCCUCUUAGCAUACCCUCUGUCACCGGCGUGCCCAUGUUAAGGGUGUUAAUUCUCUCACCAUCUGGGCACAUAUAGUUCCCAAGUCAUCCAGGGAAACCUCACUAGAAGAUCGGGAGGGCCCAUCAGAGGGAGACGCCAUGACUGGUUGAAACAACCAAUAUCAGUGGUCGCUGAUGGUUUUUCUGCUUUGUAUUUUUUUGUUUUUGUGGUAGCUUCCCUACAUUUCUUUACUGAUUUGCAGGUACGCAACUUAUUGGUCUUUCCGCUCUGCCAGUGACCUUCUCCUGUUCACUGCUUGCAUCCUUACUACUAACGCAUGCUUGUGGGUUGCUCCUUUUCUUUGGAACAGCCUGUCUGCCCCCAUAUCAGACUCUCCUCUAGUCUUUAAUCAUUUAAGAAGUCCCUCAAGAUCCAUCUCUUCAGAAAAGUUGACAGUUUCCCAUAGUAACUUCUGUUUCACAAACCUAUCUCUUGCUCUAGUGCAGGCUUCCCCAAACUCCGGCCCUCCAGAUGUUGCUGAACUACAACUCCCAUGAUUCUCAGCCUAUCUAGUCCAUUCAUAGAAUCAUGGGAGUUGUAGUUCAGCAACCUCUGGAGGGCCGGAGUUUGGGGAAGCCUGCUCUAGUGGAUGAGAGACUCCGACUUGGGUUGUUCGAGCUGCCUUAUUGCAUUACCAAUAUUUGUCAGGCACUGAACUCUGCAUUCUGGUGGGGAGUGUUGUUUGUUUUGUCUCUUGCGCUCUUUUAAAUGGAAUCAGUCUUUCCUUACAAUUCUGCUACUUUACCACCUUCUUAUCGUUUGAUUGCAACCCUCCUGAUGCCAUUCCUAUUGUUGUUGUGGUUUUUUUUAGUUUUGUUUUUUUAAUACCCCCAUCUCCUCUAGACUAAACUGUAAGCUCGUUUUGAGCAGGAUCCUUGUGAACCUUUUGUUCCUGGAACCUUGUGUAAUUCUCGUUUUCUUGUUAAAUUGCCCCCCUUAUAAUAUUGGAAAGCUCCACUGAAUAAAUUGCUAUAUGAAUGCCAAAAACAAUACUGCUGGCCAUGUAUGGAGAGAUAGCUUAAGCAGUAAAAACCUGAGCAACUUGACCAUAACCAUCUAUAUUCCACAAUGUGAAAGACCUAAUCCAUCCUCAUUCAUAAAUAUUAAUGUGUUCUUUACUGAUUCUAUUCUAUGUUUCUCUCCUUCAGUGACACCACAUACCCAGUGCAGGUUGAAGUUGCUGAAACUAGAAAGGAUUAAAGACUAUCUUCUUAUGGAGGAAGAGUUCAUUAGAAACCAGGAACAGAUGAAGCCACUGGAAGAGAAGCAGGAGGUAAUACACACAUUCUGUGUUUUUGAUAGUGUAGGUUACAGGCCGAUGCUGAGGGACCCAACGCAUCUAGCAUAGGUAUAACAUGUAGGUUAUUGUACUGUGAGUCCAUGUUUUAUAAAUCCUUCCACACAUAAAGUAGAUGGCAUGGCUUCUAUUACCUUUCCCAAACAGCCUGAGAAUGUUACUCUACUCUCCAGACAGAAAAAUCCUUAGAAAGUAGUUUUUUUGUUUUCUUUCUCCAAUUUUAUUGAGUAAUUUACAAAAUACUGUAUAUACUCGUGUAUAAUCGAUCUCAUGUAUAAGUCGAGGGCAGUUUUGUGACCAACAAUUGUGAAAUAUGCUAUGCCUCGUGGAUAAGUUGAGGGUAAAACUUGGGGCUAUGAAAUUCUGUGAUGUUUAGAAUCAUAUACAAACACACACUCUGCCUUACACACACAUACAAACAAUCUGCAUUCUACACACACACUCAUACAAACACACACACACUGUGCAUUAUAUACGCACACACUCUGUGUGUGUGUUUGUAUGUAUGAGUGUGUGUGUAGAAUGCAGAUUGUUUGUAUGAGUGUGUAUAUAAUGGAGAGUGAGUGUGUGUGUGUGUGUGUGUGUGAGAACUGGGUGGGAGGAGGGCAUUUUUAUUUUAAGAUUUUUUUAUUGUAUUUUUUUAAAUUUAAUUUUCGUCCCCCCUCCCUGCUUGUUAGCUUGCCAGGGAGGGGGGCUCUCAAUCCCUGGUGGUCCAGUGGAUGGGCUGUGCAGGAGGGUGGCUGACAGUGAGCGGUUACUUACCUUCCUGCAGCUCCCUUCUACUCCGUGCAGCUCCUCUGUCAGCUCCCACUGUAAGUCUCGCGAGAGCCGCGGUGACCCCGCGGCUCUCGCGAGACUUACAGUGGGAGCUGACAGCGGAGCUUCACAGAGUAAAAGGGAGCUGCCAGGAGUUGCAGGAAGGUAAGUAACCGCUCUCUGUCAGCCCCCAACAGGACUGCCGGGCUUGUAAUGAGCCCGGCGGUCCUGGUCUGUAUUAUGGCAAUGUAAGUUGCCAUAAUACAGACAUUAACUCGAGUAUAAGUCGAGUGGGGGUUUUUCAGCAGAAAAAAAUGUGCUGAAAAACUCAACUUAUACUCGAGUAUAUACGGUAAGCUGCCAAUCCUGGAAUUCACAGCGCAAACCAUAAUUCAGGAUGUAUUAUAACGCAGCAUCCACUCCAGCCUGUUUUUCUGAAUAAUUGAAAUACCCCCGGCACUAAAUGUCAUGUAUGUAUAUCUCUCUCGAUCUAUCACCCAAAGAAAUUCUAUUGUUCCAUUGUGGGUUUUCUUGUUUUGUUUGUUUUUUGUAGGAGGAGAGGUCAAAGGUAGAUGACCUGAGAGGAACCCCAAUGUCUGUUGGUACACUGGAGGAAAUCAUUGAUGAUAAUCACGCCAUUGUGUCCACAUCAGUGGGAUCCGAACACUAUGUCAGUAUUCUCUCCUUUGUGGACAAGGACCUACUGGAACCCGGCUGCUCUGUGUUGCUCAACCAUAAAGUGAGUUCCUAAAAUUGCUACAUAUUGAGAAGUUGUUCUUUAACUUUUGAGUUUUUUUUUAUAUUUAUUAAAGAGAUAAUCUAAGCACAAAAACAAUUUUGGCUUAAUGAAGCAGUUAUAGUGCCCCUGCAGUCUUACUGCUCAAUUCUCUGACAGCCCUAGCUGUGACUGUCACCACCUCCAUGGAAAAAAAUGGUUUUAUAUUUAAUCAGAUUAGGUUCAUGUUCAAUUAGUACAGUUUAUUUACUUUAGAAGUUCUUAUCUCCUGCUCUGUUAAUAGCCACCUUUAAAGUUCAAUUAACAGAACAGCUCAAAUCCUAAAUGAAACACAAAACUUUAGAUGCCAGUAGGGAGGCUGCGUGAUUCUCAGCCUGGAAAUGUUGUUGGCACUACAUAAGCAAAGUGAUUUAACUCCUAAAUGGCAGGGAAGUGAGCAGUGAGACUACAGGGGCAUGAUCUGUAUACCAAAACUGCUUCAUUAAGCUAAAGAUUUUUUUUGGUGCUUGGUGUCCCUUUAAAUAGGAACUCUUAUUUUGGCAUUCAACGCAUUGGGUGCAGUAUGUCAAUUGGUUAAAGAAACACUAUAGAACAGGUAUAAAAAUGUGUAUUCCUGACCAUAUAGUGUUUAAAAAUGCAGUGUAGCCUCUCUAGCCCAUUUUACAAACUUUUAAAAAUCACCUUUAAUCCAGCUCCGUGCAGGUCUGUUGGCGCUUACCCAGCCAAUGCGCCUCGCCUUCUUAGCUGACAUCAGAAUUGAUGAUCUCAGCCAAUCCAGUGCUUUCACAGAGGAAAGCAUUGGAUUGGCUGAGAUUGUCAAUUCUGAUUAUCGCAGCCAAGGAGGUGAGGUGGAGCCAAAUGUCGCCUUGGCCAGUCGGCAUCUCCUCAAAGAUAUAGAUAUGUUGAACAUCAAUGCAUGUCUAUGGGGAAAGUUUGGUGUCUCCAUGCAGAGCACAUUGUGCAGCACUGCCUCAGGAAGCACCUCUAGUGGCUGUCAGGAGUAACUGCCACUGGAUGUGUUUCUAGGGAGCAAUGUAAACACUGCCUUUUCUCUGAAAAGGCAGUGAUUACAUGAAAAUGCCUGCAGGGACUGACCACAAACACUGGAAGAACUACCGUAUUUUUUGCUCCGUAAGACGCACUUUUUUCCCCCUCAAAAGUGAGGGGAAAUGUCUGUGCGUCUUAUGGAGCGAAUGUGAAGCUUUACUUACCUGUCUUGUAGCGUGGGCCAGCAGCACAGCGCGCUCCAUGGUACAGGAACUUCAAGUUCAGAUUCCGGUUUCCGGCGGGACUGAAAGGAAGUGUGCACACUGAGUGUGCACUUCCUUUCAGCCCCACCUGAACUUGAAGUUCCUGUACCGCGGAGCGCGCUGUAAAGCCGUCCUACGCUACAAGACAGGUAAGUAAUUAUGUGACAAGGGGAGGGGGUACUCUAUGGGACAAGGGGAGGGGGGGAAAGUGCACUAUGGGACAAGGGGGGGACACUAUGGGAUGAGAACACUAUUGGACAAGGGGAGGAGGGGUUAACAAUCACCAUGGGACAGAGGAAAGGGGGGUUAAAAUAACUAUGGGACAGGGGAGGGGGGUUAAAGAUCAUUAUGGGACAGGAGAGGGGAGUGGGUGGUAAGGAACAAAAAAUUCCUUAAAAAAAAUAUUCUGAACACACUGUCCCAUAGUAAGAAACACUAUGGAACAGUUCAGAAUAUAUUUUUUUUUUCUGGGUUUCCUCCUCUAAAAACUAGGUGCGUCUUAUGGUGAGGUGCGUCUUAUGGAGUGAAAAAUACGGUACAUUACGCUAUAGCUGCUCUGUUGACUAUAGUGUCCCUUUUAUUCUUCUUCUUUAAAUUUUCUUCAAUAAUACUUAUGUAAACAGGAUGUUAUGACACCUGGAUACUUUGUUUUAAAGAAAGCGGACAGUGGAUCUGCAAUUCACACCCCAUAAAAGUGGGUUAAGCUUAGCAAUACUCUAGAAACUGAGCAUAAUUGGCUGUCACUUCCUGGUCAGGACAGAGCUUGCUGCAGAAGCUGCAAUGCCUAGAUGAUUGUAUCAAAUAUAAGAACUAAUAGCAAGAUUGCAGUUUUGGGUCCCAUUCCACUCUUUCAUUUAAUGCCUUUUUUUAAAAAACCAACACAAUUUCUCUAGUUUCAAAAUCAUUGAAGCUUUGACAGAUUCAAUAUUUAUGUCUUAAGUGUAAAGUCUGCAUUAUAGGUGUUGAGUCACAGUCUCUGAGUGCCAGGGAAUUACAAUUUUUUUUUUAUUAUUAUUUAUUUUUCUCAAUGUGACAAAAAAUGGGGGAUAGGACCCAGACCCUUUGAUGCAUAGCCACUACACUGUCCUGGUGAAAUUGCCAGCAAAUAUAGAUUAUAUAACAUAGAUUAAAAAGCAGAAUUUGUCUUCCAAGAUGGUAUCCUCAACUGUGACCUCUGUGUACCUUCUUCCAUAUCACACAAAGUGUGACUAUGUACACAAAUGCUCUAUGUUGCAUAAAAGCAUACCUGUAUAGUGACAUAGCAAUUCAUGACAAAUUUUCUAUUACAGGGAAGACCACCUUUGGCACUCCAGAUGUUGUGGACUAUAUCUCCUCUGAUGCUUGCGAGCAUUAUGGGAGAUGUAGUGCCAAAGGUUGCCUACCCCUGCUUUAUAAUGUAAUACCAACAUGAUCUGAUGUGCAACUUUUAAGCACUGUUGGCAGUAAGUUUCCUUUCUGACUUGGGUUUAACUAUGUAGCUAUCAUAAAAGCAUCCAUUAUCUAACUACACUGAACAAAAUUAUAAACGCAACACUUUUUCAUGAGCUGAACUCUCAGAUCUAAUACUUUUCUAUGUACAUAAAAGGCCUAUUUCUCUCAAAUAUUGUUUACAAAUCUGUCUAAAUCUGUGUUAGUGAGCACUUCUCCUUUACCGAAAUAAUCGAUCCACCUCACAGGUGUGGCAUAUUAAGAUGCUGAUUAGACUGCAUGAUUAAUACACAGGUGUGCCUUAGGCUGGCCAAAAAAAGUGACCUUUUAUUGUGGCCAGCCUAAGGUACACCUGUGCAAUAAUCAUGCUGUCUAAUCAGCAUAUUGAUAUGCCACACCUGUGAGGUGGAUGGAUUAUCUCGGUAAAGGAGAAGUGCUCACUAACACAGAUUUAGACAGAUUUGUGAACAAUAUUUGAGAGAAAUAGGCCUUUUGUGUAGAUAGAAAAAGUCUUAGAUAUUUGAGUACAGCGCGUGAAAAAUGGGAGCAAAAACAAGUGUUGCGUUUAUAAUUUUGUUCCGUGUAAAUUACCUGGCAAAGAUAUUACAAAAAUAGUGUACUAAAAACUGAAACAUAUUUAAUGUUUGAGGCUGUUCAGAAUAAUUAUCUCCAUUUACAUGCUCUGAUUUUUUUUUUUUUUUGCCUUGUGUUGGUCGCCCUCUGCCAAGUGUUCACAUUCAUUCUGUUACGUGAGCUUAGUUUUAAUCCUAGGUUCUGGGGCUGUGGUUAUUUAUUUUAAAAUUAAACACAGAAGAGCUUUGGGACUCAGGAUCACAUUACGGUUAACACCUCACAAAAGGUGAAGACCACAAUUUGUGUUGCUUCCUAUUAAUUGUGGGUUUUUAUUUUUUCUUUACAGGUUCAUGCAGUGAUUGGUGUCCUCAUGGAUGACACUGACCCCUUGGUCACGGUAAUGAAAGUAGAGAAAGCUCCUCAGGAAACCUAUGCAGAUAUCGGAGGACUGGACAAUCAGAUACAGGAAAUUAAGGUAGAAUGAUUGUUGUGUUUCCAGUCACUCUUUGGUGACCCACUACUUUGUUAUUGAUGCUGGAAUGUUUGGCUGAUAGUCAUUUAUGUUCUGUUUAGGAAUCUGUAGAGCUGCCCCUCACACAUCCAGAGUAUUAUGAAGAAAUGGGCAUUAAGCCUCCCAAAGGAGUGAUUCUGUAUGGAGCGCCUGGUACAGGUAAUAUGACGGGGAAUCAAUUAUCUGGUCUGAUGGCUCUUUACACAAUUUGUUCCAUCAGCUAUUUUGUGUUAAGCUUUUCAUUUUCUGUUUACCUCUAGGUAAAACGCUGUUGGCCAAAGCUGUAGCAAACCAGACAUCUGCCACGUUCUUGAGGGUUGUGGGUUCUGAACUUAUCCAGAAAUACUUGGGGGAUGGCCCCAAACUUGUUCGUGAGUUGUUCAGAGUAGCAGAAGAACAUGCACCAUCCAUUGUAUUUAUUGACGAAAUCGAUGCAAUUGGUACAAAAAGGUGAUUACUGACUUAAGUGUUUAAUGGAGUUUUAAUGGGUUGUGUCAAAAAUGUCUAAUACUGAUCAAAGAAUGUUUUUUUAAGUUGGGGACUUACUCCUCCCACAAAUUCAGGCCUAAUGGCCUUUCUACAUGUCUAAUACUGAUCAAAGAAUGUUUUCUUGUGCGCACACACAUUGUUCCUGUUAGCUUGCCAAUGUAUGGAUCAAAACACCAUCUGAUUUGUCUACAGAAUUAUUACAACCUUCAUAAAUGUGUCCCAUUUGUGGGAGUUAGAAAGUCACCUGCAUCCUUGCUAAGAUUGAAUUCUGGAUUGGCAUACACAUCCCUCUUGCCAUUAGAAAAAAAAAGUACAACAAGCAUAGAAUCCGGUCUUUAUUCAAAAAUGUUAACUUUACGUUGUGCUAGUUAAAACUGGAAUUGUUGCAGAUCCACUUUAAGUAGUCUCUGAAUAAACAUAGCUUUGUCAGUCACUUUGUUCUGAUUUUCAUCGAACUAUAAAAAUCAUGUUGUUCACAUUAAAAAGCCUGCCAACUCCCCUGGUUUCUUGGCGCUCCUCCAUGUGUAAUUAUUCAUGAUGUCCACAGAGCAUUGGGUGAGGAUAAGCAGGUAGGGGAAAAUAAAAAAAAUCACAGCAGCUGAUGGUGUCUUAUGUGGUUAUUUUAAUUGUUAUUCAUCACAGUAAUGUGUAGAGUGAAACAUAAGACAGAUGUAAAAAGUGAUCUGUAAAUGCAUGCUUAUAGUUGUAUUACAUAACUUAAACAAAAAAAAAAAGUUGCCCCUCUUUAUCCAAAACAAUAAGGAUGUCAUAUUGCUUCCUACAGAAUAAUGGACAUGUAAUCUUAUACCAUCUGGGGAGCCACAGUUUGACAACUUAGUGUGUUUACACAGUGAUAGAUUUCUAGAACCAAGACUGAAUUGUGUAUGUAUCAGACUCUUCACACUCUUGGGAUCAAUGUUUUCUACAGAUAUGACUCCAACUCUGGUGGCGAACGCGAGAUCCAGCGAACAAUGUUGGAGCUUUUGAAUCAGCUAGACGGUUUUGACUCGCGGGGAGACGUCAAAGUAAUCAUGGCAACAAACAGGAUAGAAACCCUUGAUCCUGCCUUAAUUAGGCCAGGUAUGAAUGUGUACUUAUAAAUUAGACUUUUGGAAAUGAGAUAUUAUAUAUAUUAUUUAAUUUAUACUAUCCUUUCAGGUCGAAUUGAUAGGAAAAUUGAAUUUCCUCUCCCUGAUGAAAAGACCAAGAGACGGAUCUUCCAGAUUCAUACAAAUCGGAUGACUCUAGCAGAGGAUGUUACAUUAGAUGAUUUAAUUAUGGCAAAAGACGAUCUCUCUGGGGCAGAUAUAAAGGUAAGAUGGCUACAAACGUGUCAAUUUAUAGAGCAUAACAUGUCCCCUAUGUGUCUGAUUGAAAUGAUGUUUGAGUUUAUAUCUCAAUGCCUUUGACAUAAAAAUACAGAAAUUAUCUGCAUUGAGUGUAUGCAUAUCUAGUAGGUUCCCACUCCGUACACAUAGGUGCAGGGUUACUCACUACGAAGAGUUUUUUUUUUUUUUUUAUGUUCUUACUGAAUGUCUGUUAUCUUGGUAUAAAAACCCAUACAUCUUUGGUUUGCAGCCCCCCCCUUUCUAAAACUGUCUUUGAUUAGUAUGACACAAAACACCUGUCCAGAAUACACCGCCUACUCCAGCCACAGGGAAAUACCACUUCUGUUAUCACAUGUGAAUCUGUCCAACUUCAAUUAUCUAGGGCUGAAGGAUUCACGCUCGGUAAAGUGGAAAUGGCGUUUCUGCAUUACCAGGGGGCUGAAAGGAGCAAGGAUAUGAGUGGGAGAUGGAGAAUUGUAUUUUAUCACACAUCUAAAAUUACUUGUCAUUUGUGGGUGAGGCUCAGUUUCCACUAGUUGAUGAGAAGUGAAGAUUUUAGCCCUGGUAGAAAUUCUGUGUGCCCUUCUGGCUUACAGUGCAGAGCAACUUUCAAGGUCUGGGUAGUAGUUUAGGACUUGGAAUUUUAAAGCCCAGCUAAUAGCAUCAUAACCACUACAAUUGGCUCUAAAGGUCAUGGUGCUUAGUCAUUUUUCAAGGGUUAUCCAGAUGUGAACUUCUCACAUGCUGUACUACAGUGACGUCUAUAAGAGACCAAGAUUGUUUGUCGCUCAUGCAGAGAGGUCAAACCUGGUUAACUAAACCACCUUCCAGUCUGAUAUACUGCACUGGCACAGGUUAAGGUUUUUCUGAUCUAUACAGAAUAGCGUAUGCAACCUUUGGCAUGCCAAAUGUUGUGGAAUACAUCUUCCAUAAUGCUUAGACAUGCUGGCAAAGCAUCAGGGAUUAUGUAGUCCAUACGAUCUGGAGUGCCAGAGGAUUCCUAUCCUUGCCAUUAGAUCAAAGUACAGUUUAGAGUGUGUGACCAUAAAACCUGAAUACAAUGCUUACUGAAGUUGUUUUAGUGUGUAGAUCAUGACCCUGCAGUCUCUCUGCUCAGUUUUCUACACUUUAGAAGUUAAAUCACUUUUGGUUUUGUUUAUGCCACACCUCCUCUGACUUACACAGCCUCCAUUUUCAACUGUUUACAGCACAGUGUGUUUACUUUAGAAAUUUUAAGCCUGUUGCAUUCUAAUAGCAGAACCAAAAAUAUAUUCUAAAUGUAUUUUUACUUUAAAUUUUUUUAGCUUCUCUUAUUGCUCAGUGACUUUAGCCUUUCAGGGCUGUAUAAACAAAGUGAUUUAACUCCUAAAUGCCAGAAAAUUGAGCAGUGGGUGCACAGGCAUGCUAUAUAUACCUAAACCAGCUGCUGGUAUGACUUCCUGUCCUGUCCUUGCAAAUGCGGAAGCAUUUUCUCAGGAACGGUGAUAGGCUCUUAGCCUAUCACUGGCUGCCCAUAGCAAGUAACUCUUGAAAUAUAUGUACACUUCGGAACCAUUACUCUCUGUGGGUGGCCAGUGAUAGGCUGAUACUAUCAGCUUGCUUUAGAAACACACUCAGCCUAUCACCACUGACCAAGGUAAUAAUUCUGCAUUAGCAAGGACUGCAGUAGAGUAAGUCAGACCAGCACUUACAUGAUUAAGCUUAAAGUUAAGAAUGCCGUGGACUCCAGACACCCUAACCACUUCAUUGACAGUUUGUUCUGCUGACUAGUUUAUUUCUGUUUUUGAAAAGAAGAAAACUCAUUAACCAAUGCAAAUCUCUUUGCAGGCAAUAUGUACAGAGGCUGGCCUGAUGGCUCUGAGAGAGCGGAGGAUGAAAGUAACCAACGAAGACUUUAAGAAAUCAAAAGAAAACGUGUUGUAUAAGAAGCAGGAAGGAACUCCUGAAGGGCUGUAUCUGUAA